CUUUUCCCAGCUUCUUCCUGCAGGUCUUCAUGCUCUCCCAGGCCAUCCCAAGAUUUGUUCUUGUCUCAAAAAACAUUAAUUUAACAAUCAUUUUGUGUGAUAGAAGCAAUAAACUAGGCUAGGUCUUUCAUUAUAAUUACAAAGGAUGAGAUUUUACAAGCCACCAUUAACUUUAACCACAUUGGUGCCAUUUAGACUCCCUGUAACUGUAUAAUUAUCUCCAACGCCCACACAGAAAUUAACUGACAUUUACCAAAGCUCUCACUGAAACCUAGAAGUUUUCACUACACUGUACUUCUGUAAAUUCACUUUUGAUUGACUGAACUUUUCCUGCCUUUGGACAGAUUUGCUUUCCCUGCUUGUUAAUUACAAUCCAAAGGUCCAACCAGGCCUGGAGGUCCUGGUGACCUUACACCCUGGUCUUGAUAAACAGAACCCAUCAUUAUCACGCAAAUAAGCAGGUUUGAAGGUUACAUUUUUCCCUGACCAUCCCCCGCCACACCCAGGACAGGCGUAAAGUGCACAUACCUGGCUCCCCGCCUGUAUUUGCUGAGUGACUGAGCUCUUUGGCUGCAGGAGGUUUAAAUAGGAGGCGAGAGUCCUGCGGCUCCUCACUCUCCUCACAGUGUCGUCUCCAACCACAGCAGAAAGACAGCAUCCAUCAUGACCUCCAUCAUGUCUCGCUCUAACUCCGGGUCGGUGAGGACCUCCACGGGGAGGACCUGCGGCACCAUGAUCGGUGGUGGACAGGUGUCACAUGUGAAGUCUGGCAGUGUGUACGGAGGAGCAGGAGGCUGUGGGGUCCGCAUCUCCUCCACUUCCAAGGGUGGAGACUACGGCGGUGGCUACGGCGGUGGCUACGGCGGUGGCUACGGCGGCGGCGGUUGCUUUGGUGGAGGCUACUCUGUCAACUAUAACGUGUGCGGUGUGAACGACGCCGUCAUCGGCAACGAGAAGUUCACCAUGCAGAACCUGAACGACCGCCUGGCCACCUACCUGGCCAAGGUGCACUCCCUGGAGAAGGCCAACGCCGAGCUGGAGCUGAAGAUCAGGCAGUUUGUGGAGUGCAAGGUCGGCCCCAAGGCCAGGGACUACAGCGCCUUCUACGUCACCAUCUGUGACCUCACUGCCAAGAUUCAGGACGCCAUCAGGGUGAACGGAGCCGUCCAUCUGCGCAUCGACAACGCCCGCCUGACUGCAGACGACUUCAGGGUCAAGUUCGAGAACGAGCUGGCUAUGCGUCAGUCGAUAGAAGCCGACAUCGCCGGGUUGAGGAGAGUCCUGGAUGAACUGAACCUGGCCAAGACCGACCUCGGCGUGCAGAUCGACUGUCUGAGGGAGGAGCUGGUCUUCCUCAGGAAGAACCACGAGGAGGAGCUGCUGGCGAUGCGAGCUCAGAUGAGCGGUCAGGUCCACGUGGAGGUGGACGCCGCUCCAGCACAAGACCUCAACAAGAUCAUAGCCGAGAUCAGAGAGCACUACGAAGCCAUCGCCGCCAAGAACCACAGAGAGCUGGAGUGCUGGUUCCAGACCAAGACAGAGACUCUGAACCAAGAGGUGGUCACCCAGACGGUCCACCUGCAGACGUCCAGGACGGAGGUCACGGAGAUCAGACGGACGCUGCAGGCUCUGCAGAUCGAGCUGCAGUCCACGCUGGCCAUGAGAGCGUCGCUGGAGGCCACGCUGGCUGAGACACAAAACCGCUACGGCGCGCGGCUCAGCGGGUACCAGAUGCAGGUGUCGUGCCUGGAGGAGCAGCUGACGCACCUGAGGGCCGACCUGGAGAGGCAGUCCCAGGAGUACCAGAUCCUGCUGGACAUCAAGACCAGACUGGAGCUGGAGAUCGCCGAGUACAGGAGGCUGCUGGACGGAGAGGCCGGCAGCUGCGUCCAGUCAGGCUCCUCCUCCUCGACCCAGAAGAUCAAGCGGACGGUGAUAGAUCCGCAGAUCAUUGAUGGGAUGGUGGUCUCCUCUUCCUCCCACCACGGCCACUGAGCAGCUGCAGAGGGCGACAGCCAGUCAUCCUCAUCCUCGUUCACUGAUGUUGACAAUAAAAAUGAAAACAAUAAAACGAGAGUCCAAAUAAA